AGAGCAAUAUUUAACAAAGGGUGAAAUUUGAUGUAGUGACAAGAGAAAGAGAGAAAAAGAUACCAGGUUAGAGGAAAGACGAAAUUAAUCUGAUCUAAAAUAUAAUACUUUGACUACUAAUUUGUUGACUUUACAAUUAAUUGUCAUCAAUUAAAGUCAGGUUUAGUUUUGCAAAAAUAAGACUUCUAAAGGUUUUUCUUAUUACUGUCUUUUUACCUAUAAAAGGAUGGCUACCUGGACAAAUAACUACAUGUUAAGCUUUAUAAUAUGCUUAUGUGAGUGAUUAAUAUGAUGCAUAAUUCAUAUAUUAAUAAAUAAACAACAGUUACUAAUAACAAUACCUACUUCUUAAUUUUAGCAUUUAUUAGUGUAUCAAGUAAAAAUACUCUUGAUGAAGCUAAACCAGGCUAUAUAUCAUGUUUUGAAUCGGCUAAAGCUUGUACAACUUCGUCAAAAAUGCCUAUUAAUUUUAUUGAUACCCUAUCAACUAGUUUUAAACUAAAAAUUAAAGAAGAGAGCUUUUCUAAUAAGGACUAUAAACCAUUUUGGAUUAAUAUGAUUGGUCUUAGCAAGGAACCUAGUUGGGAAAGUGGGAAAAAGUCACCAAUUCAAGUAUCAAAUAAUCGUUCAUUAUCUUGCGGAGUUUUACUUAAAAAUGGUCAAUUUCUUUUGGACGACUGCAGCAAAAAUAUUACAAUAUUAUGUGAAAAAGAAACAACGAACACAGAUGAUUGUCUAAAUAUUGAUAAAUUAUCAUCCGACGACUAUUUUGAAACAAAUUGGUUAAAUGGAAGGGAAAAGUGUCGAUCAAUCAAGGGUACUAUGAUUGAAAUUUUAACGGAGAAGAAUAAAGAUAUUAUUCAAGAUUAUAUGAAAAAAAAUUCAUUAUCUUCUAUAUGGAUUGGUUAUACCAAUAUUGAAUGGACGUAUAUAAAUACGUCCUUACCUUUCGAGUCCAAUUCGUCUAUAUGCGUCUCCUACAACUUGAAUGACAAAGUGUAUAACAUCAACGCAAAUACUGCUAAUAAUAUCUGUCAAAAUGAUUCAAUUAGUGAUAAAGGCAUACCGAAAGUUAUAUUCAACGACAAAAUUAAUAUAUGCUCACCAGAAACUUCAACUCCUAAGCCAAACAAUGACAAAUCAAAGAAUAAUGACAAUGAUGAUGACAGGGUUGAUAUACCAAGCGUUUUUCCAACCUUAUCUUAUGUUUUGUUGGGUGUAUUGUUCCUCUUCUUUUUCCUUGUUCCAUUUAUACUAUUAAGUUUAACUGUAAAGGAAAAGGAUAUAAAUCAAGAUUAUCAAUUGAACACAACUUCAAGAUCAAAUAAAUAUCAAAUUAAUUAA